AUGGGUAUUCGCCUACCAAGGAUCGUGAGUGCUAAACAAAUUGUAAGGCGGAUUCUACUCUCCCAGGGAAGUUCUGCAGAUGUUCCUAAAGGCCACUUUGCUGUAUAUGUUGGAGAAAGUCAAAAGAAGAGAUUCACUGUCCCUGUGUCGUACUUGAAGCAUCCUUCCUUUCAGAACUUGCUGAGUCAAGCAGAAGAAGAGUUUGGAUUCAAUCAUCCUAUGGGUGGUCUCACAAUCCCAUGCAGUGAACAAGUCUUCACUGAUGUUAUUUUCAGUUUGUAGACAUCAUCAGAAAUGAUGAACUGAUGAUCAUACCUGUAGGACUAGUUUUCUCUAACUUACCUAUUUACAAGUUUUGGAUUGAGAAAUGGAAGUAAAUAUAUUUCAUUCUUUUAUAA